GCUCCCGCUCUCAACUAUCGGGCACUGGUAGAGACCUUUCGAAGUGUUGCACUCUCAUGUCGAUGCAGCGAUGUUUCUACUACAUUAAACCUCGUUAUAAAGCUCUCAAUAAUCGACGUUGCCCGAACUUUCCACACCGCCUCCACUCAACCACCAAGUCACCAGUUGAUACUGAUGCUCAUGGCAUACCCGUUCGACCCACAUGGUCGGUGAACCAGCUUUUGACAUCGUAUCCAAAGCCCACCAUCAGCCCAUCCACCCUCGAGCGUCUCCAUGUCUUAUCGGCACUUGUUCCUCCUGCUGAGGGAACAGAGGAGCAUAAGCAACUCUCAGCUGAAAUGGAAAACCUCGUGAAACUUGUGGAGGCAGUGAAGCUGGUUGACACAAGUGGUGUUGACAAGACCAGAUUAUCGAAGAGCGAGUCUGUACCUGACGGGCGUAUUUGGGCAGAGGGAACAGGCAUAGACUUAAGUGGGGAGGUCUCGGUUUCGGAGACGGAGUCUCCAUCAGGUCGAGUCUUGCUGAACCAUGCGGCCAGGACGGAGAACGGCAUGUAUGUUGUGGACACUGACAGGCGGAAAAAGUAAAGACUUGGUUUGUUGCAAGGUACCGCGGAUGCAUCUUCCAGGAACGUCGUACAUCGAUAUACUCCCAAAUGUUUCCGUGCACUGGGUACAACCUAUCGCUGUUUGCCUUGGUUCUGCAAAAAUUUGAUGAGGAUUCCUGCUGAUCCGAAUAUGGCAAGACCCAUGCUUGAAUCUCUUGUGCGUGACCACCUUCCACACGGCUCCCAUCGCGAAGGGCUGAUAACUGCUUGCUAGCAUACCUGCGUUCCCUGUAUCUAUCUCCUUGCUGCCCUCUGUCUCGAGGCAGCUGCCCACAAGGCAGCCUUGCCCACGAUAUGAUACUGUCAUGAAUUAAUUCACCUCACGCUUUAUCUGAAUACUGCAUCACAAGAUGCGAGGAGAACCUCGUGUGCCAUUUGCUCCUGGAUACUUGCCCAGGCUCAUCCACCUUUAUUGACGUUCAUGCCAAGCUAAAUGAAACUGAACGCAUGUGGAGAAGUUCGAUAGCAUACGACUACCGCAUAUGUCACCUUUCCUUGGCAUUGCUUUCUCUUUGGUAUAAAUAAUAGCUUCCAGUAUUUCAAUCUAUCAGCGGUUCAAGUUC